GCCACUUUUGGCUCGUUCGUGUGAGAGUAGAAGAGGGCGCUGAAUAUACAUUUCACACCCGGCUGUCGUUGCUGUCGAGGCGGACUUUGUGGGGUACCGAAAGCUCGGUUCCGUUCGAACACAACGCCUGUCAAGUUACUUAACCGAGGAACGACAACGAAUAUUGGCAACGACGGCAGCCCGGGUGACAACUGUCUACUUGUUCGCUUCAAGCGGUCCGGUUCCACAGGGAGCUGGGAGUCAUCUUGACUAGCAGGGGGAGAUUGGAUUGGAUUUGGUGUGGUGUCUCGGAGCCGGGUUAUCCGGGGUGAGAACUCAUGAAUGGAAAGCGGAACAACAGGAGCCGCUAGAGCCCAAGCCCUUUUUUCAUUGCCACGGCGACCCGGCUAUGGCACCAUUGGGAAGCCCAUCAAGCUUCUUGCCAACUGUUUCCAGGUUGACAUCCCUAAAAUCGACGUCUACCUCUACGAAGUGGACGUCAAGCCUGACAAAUGUCCUCGCAGGGUAAACAGGGAGGUGGUGGGCUCCAUGGUUCAGCACUUCAAGGUAACCAUCUUUGGUGACCAUCUUCCAGUUUAUGAUGGGAAGAAAAGCCUCUACACCGCUAACCCACUUCCUGUUGCCACUUCUGGGGUUGAUUUGGAUGUCACCCUCCCAGGGGAAGGUGGGAAGGACCGUCCAUUUAAGGUCACCAUGAGGUUUGUAUCGUUGGUCAGCUGGCAUCUGCUGCACGAUGUCCUGAUGGGACGUGGCGUAUCCGAACCGCUGGACCUGGACAAACCCGUCAGCAACAACCCCGUGCACGCCGUUGAUGUUGUUCUGCGACACCUGCCCUCCAUGAAGUACACUCCUGUUGGGCGAUCCUUCUUCUCCUCCCCCGAGGGCUACGACCACCCGCUCGGUGGAGGAAGAGAGGUUUGGUUCGGCUUCCACCAGUCCGUACGACCAGCCAUGUGGAAGAUGAUGCUCAACAUCGAUGUGUCCGCCACCGCUUUUUAUAAAGCCCAGCCGGUCAUCCAGUUCAUGUGUGAGGUCCUCGACAUUCACAACAUUGACGAGCAGCCUCGCCCUCUCACCGAUUCCCACAGGGUCAAAUUCACCAAAGAGAUCAAAGGUUUGAAAGUGGAAGUAACGCACUGCGGAACCAUGCGUAGGAAGUACAGAGUCUGCAAUGUAACAAGGCGCCCGGCGAGCCUUCAAACUUUCCCUUUGCAACUGGAGAAUGGCCAGACCGUUGAACGCACAGUGGCACAAUACUUCAGAGAGAAGUACAAUUUGCAUCUCAAGUAUCCCCACCUGCCUUGUCUGCAAGUGGGCCAAGAACAGAAACACACCUACCUCCCCCUCGAGGUGUGUAAUGUGGUUGCUGGUCAGCGCUGCAUUAAAAAACUGACAGAUAACCAAACAUCCACCAUGAUAAAAGCAACAGCGCGCUCUGCACCGGACAGACAGGAGGAGAUCAGCCGCCUCGUGCGGAGUGCCAAUUACGAUGCUGACCCAUUUGUCCAGGAGUUCCAAUUCCAUAUACGUGAUGAGAUGGCUCAGGUUACGGGCCGCGUCCUGCCGGCCCCCAUGCUGCAAUAUGGCGGCAGGGUGAGCUCUGAACCCUUUAUGCCUCUGCAGAUCAACUCUGCACUGUCCUUGCAGAACCGCACGGUGGCCACACCCAGUCACGGGGUGUGGGACAUGAGGGGGAAGCAGUUUCACACCGGAGUGGAGAUCAAGAUAUGGGCCAUUGCCUGUUUCGCCACCCAGAGGCAGUGCCGUGAAGAGAUUCUCAAGAGCUUCACUGACCAGCUGCGGAAGAUCUCAAAGGAUGCUGGGAUGCCCAUUCAGGGCCAACCAUGUUUUUGCAAAUACGCCCAGGGGGCUGACAGUGUGGAACCCAUGUUCAGACACCUGAAGAAUACCUACCUGGGCCUGCAGCUAAUCAUCGUAAUCCUCCCUGGCAAAACCCCCGUUUAUGCUGAGGUAAAGCGUGUCGGAGACACCCUCCUUGGCAUGGCCACUCAGUGUGUCCAGGUGAAGAAUGUAGUGAAGACUUCCCCGCAGACGCUGUCCAAUCUCUGCCUCAAGAUCAACGUCAAACUCGGCGGCAUCAAUAACAUCCUAGUUCCUCACCAACGACCCUCCGUGUUCCAGCAGCCUAUCAUCUUCCUUGGGGCUGACGUCACUCAUCCUCCAGCAGGAGAUGGGAAGAAGCCAUCUAUCGCAGCGGUGGUUGGCAGCAUGGACGCCCACCCCAGCAGGUACUGCGCUACUGUUCGAGUCCAGAGACCCAGACAGGAAGUCAUCCAGGACUUGGCGUCCAUGGUGCGAGAGCUCUUGAUCCAGUUCUACAAAUCGACCCGCUACAAGCCGACCAGGCUCAUCUUUUACAGGGACGGUGUGUCUGAGGGCCAGUUCAGACAGGUGCUAUACUAUGAGCUACUAGCUAUCAGGGAGGCGUGUAUCAGUCUGGAGAAGGAAUACCAGCCUGGGAUUACCUAUAUUGUUGUACAAAAACGACAUCACACUCGUCUCUUCUGUGCCGAUCGCAAUGAGCGGGUUGGAAGAAGCGGAAACAUUCCUGCAGGCACGACGGUGGACACAGACAUCACUCAUCCUUAUGAAUUUGACUUUUACCUCUGCAGUCAUGCCGGAAUCCAGGGCACAAGCAGGCCGUCCCACUAUCACGUGUUGUGGGAUGACAACUGUUUUACUGCCGAUGAGUUCCAGCUCCUCACCUACCAGCUGUGCCACACCUACGUACGCUGCACGCGCUCUGUCUCCAUCCCAGCACCGGCCUACUACGCCCACCUGGUGGCCUUCCGUGCACGCUACCACCUGGUGGAUAAAGAGCACGACAGUGCCGAGGGCAGCCACAUCUCAGGGCAGAGUAACGGCAGGGACCCCCAGGCGCUGGCCAAGGCCGUGCAGAUCCACCACGACACGCUGAGGACCAUGUACUUUGCCUGAACGCGCCUCCUCCUCCUCCCGCAUUUAUACGCCACUACCCUGGUCGUCUCACCACGCACCAGUGAAGAGUUGCCUGUAUGCAAGUUGAAGUUGAAUUCACAGGUCAUCCUCGCCUUCCAGAUUUUGACAGCAGCUUGGGGUAUACGCGUGUGCAUGCAGAGAAACGGUGGCGAGAUUAGUAGGGAAACCAAAAGCACCUGAUUAUUAUUAUUAUUAUUAUUAUUAUUGUCAUUUAAAACGAGUAGCAACUAAUGAGCCUCAAACUUGCUGAUGGUUUUUACAUAUUUUCCCGUGUCUUGUAAGAUGUAUGUGUGCAUUCUGCAAAAAACGGCAGCCUUCGUGUGGAUGCUUUUUAAGCCAGCGCUGAGUCCCAGUGCUUCAGAUGCUUGACUUGCGUGACCGCCAUACUUUUGAGGCAUGUUGUAUCCCUUGUUGCCUUACUGUGAAGUGCGUAAAACUUUGGACUGUUAUAUCUUCUAAGCCAGCUGCUGCGCUUGAUCCGUCAGUUUUAUUUCAGUUUGAACCCCAAUUUACAGAAACGGAGCAAACGGUUACCUUGACGUGUCCUUGCUGUGCACAAGAAGUCAUCUCCGUGAUGAAUGUUUUGUGUCUUGUGAUCAAGAAACGGGCUGCAAAGUGUCUGGGGUGGAUUUUAAUGGAAGUGCCUGGCCUGAUUAGAAAGAGUGCAAUGAAGUGUUGUUGGCUUUGAACGUACUGGUGAUCACCGGAACUCAACUUAAAAGCUGCUGCUAGUGACAGAACAGUGUAGUAUUUUUUUUCUCUCUCAAAUGCAUAUUUACCCUAUUAAUACAGAGGAACUUGAAAGUUAUUAUAUAUUCAUCGCACUUAUAGUGUCUUUUGCCUGCAUUGAAAGCAUCUUUAGUCACAAGUUUAUGUCCCAUUUGAUGGUGUGUCCUGAUGACCACUUGUUGAUUUUUACUUGAAAAGUCAAUCAUGGGCAUGUUUAGUAAGCAUUUUUUAAUCUUCUUUCUAAUUGAGCUUGGGCUUACUGAACAUCUGCCUCCCCCCGCCCCCCUCUCACUUCAUCCAAAGAUGGAGGCAUAUUUAUAUUGUAACGUAUUUAUGUAAGAGGGGAACAGUGGAUGUUUUUUUAACUGAUAUUUUAAUCACGGUGAUGGUCUGAUCAGUGUCCAAAUUGGUUCAUGCAAGUCCUUAAGUGCGAUGGGGGUUCAUAAGGCAGCGACUAAAAAGAAACUUGUGUAGAAGGUUGGUCCUCCGUGCCUUUUUGUGAUGGUGCUGAAAAAACCCGAGCUAACCGUCUCCACAAGUGAGCUAUUUAACCAUGACGAUACUGUAUUGGUGAGUUUUUGUACUUUUGUGUGUGUGUGUGUGUGUGUGUGCCUCAGCCAAGAAUACAAAAUAUAUGCAGAAUUGAUCAAUACGGAGCUGACAGGACCAAAGGACGUGUAAGGGGGAUGCGUUCAGUGGACAUGCACUGUCAAUCCAGGAACAGUAGCUCAACACAAACCUCAUGUAGUGUUAUUUAUUAGACUUGUCGUCCCCAUUCAUCACUUUACUGCCUGAUUGAUGUGUACAUUCUUUGGACAGCAAUAAUGAAGCAGCCGGAAAGUGUCUGUGAAUCCACUUUUGCUUGUCUUCCCUUUGUUUAUCUGCUUUAUUAUUGCACAUGUAUUUUUUUUUAUCUAACAUGAUAUAGAGAGGUUUACAGUCACCCCCACAAAAAUAUACACUGUUGUUAUUGGCUGCAUAUCACACAGUAGAGGAAACAUGUUUCACUACUACUACUACUACUACCCCCCUCCUAGAUUUUUAAGCAUAAAACUAAAGACUAUUUUUGUCUUAACACUUGCCUUUUCUUUUAUUUUGUUUGUAUUUUUUAAAUAACUACCUUUAGUGGUGACAACAGCAUACUAGGUGAUUAAAAGUGAUGUUAUGACAUUUCCAUGAUUUUUGAAAACCGGUCACAUGGCCUCUGUAUUGCACUAUCAAUGCUUUCUGGUGUGACGCUAAUAAAGUAUGAUAUAUGACAUGCGGGUAAAUUCAUUUGAUAGCAUUAUCACUGUUAUUACUGUUUCAUUUAAUUUUAUGAAAGCAAACAUUGUCAAAAGACCUGGCUUGAACGUAGUUUUUAUCAUUAUGGGAUAUUGAAACUGAUUUGAUUACAGGGGUGUCCAAAGUGUGACCCGGGGGCCAUUUGUGG